UUCACUGUAUGGCGGCUAUAGACAAAGUUCGCGUUCUAGUUGUGGGCGAUUCCGGAGUGGGUAAAACGUCGCUUACACACCUGAUUGCCAACAAUGAACCGCUCACGUCUCCUGGCUGGACGGUAGGCUGCUCGGUGGAGGUUAGGCUGCAUGAGUACAAGGAAGGAACGCCCUCACAAAACACUUUCUUCGUCGAACUGUGGGAUGUAGGAGGCUCCAUAAGCCAUAAAAAUACCCGCGGCGUGUUUUACAACCCCACGCACGGCAUCAUCCUUGUGCACGAUCUAACCAACCGCAAGAGCCAAGAAAAUCUGCAGCGAUGGCUAACAGAGAUCCUCAACAAAGACGGGAAGGACGUACUCAAGGGUACCGAUACAUUGGAAAUCGAUCCAGAGCAGUUUCUCGGCUCGACACAGUUCAAAAUUUGUCAGAUUCCCAUUCUGGUGAUUGGAACAAAGCUCGAUAUGUUGGAUGACGGCCACAAGCAGAAGAUACUGAAUCGCACCUCGGCCGGAAGCAUAGCCGAACAAUGCGGGGCUGAUGAGAUUUGUCUUAAUUGCCACGAAGCACGAUCGCUUGCUGCAGGAACGACAGAUUCCGUGAAGUUGGCGCGGUUCUUCGACAAAGUGAUCGAGCGAAAGUAUUAUAACCGAGACUCCGGGCGCAAGUAUACCUCGAACUAUACGUCUACGGCAACGAACCCGUUCGGAAGUUUUCCUGCACAGCCGAUCUCGUCGCAAGGCGUUGGUUCGUUCAAUUAUCUCAAUGCUAAUCCCAUGAGUGAAAGUUUAUCUUAAUACAACA